AGCACGAAAACCAACUGGUUGGUUACUUUACUCUCUUUUUUCGCCGAGGGAAAAUCGGGCAUGGCCGAGACUGAGAGCCAAGCACUUCCCACGAAACGACAUCACCAUCACCAAAACGACGAUUCUGAAGGACAAGAGGAUGAUGAUGAAGAAGAAGAAGAAGAGGACGGGUUGGAGAAUGAAGAGGAAGAAGAAGGAGCAAGUCGAGUCGGUGAGUCACAGGGUGCUGGCGCCGCGCCUCCGAGUGAUGAUGCUGGAUUGAAACACUCUCAGUUGGAUACCCUACCCAAUGAUGAUCCUCCCGAUGGGUUGCAGGUAAAUUCUACUUCGGAAUCCAAGGAAGGAUCUGAAUUUAAGGAGAAAGUUAACAUAGCUGACCAGGAAGUUUCCCCUAGUUUGGCUGUCCUGAGUGCUGAAGCUCCAACUUCUUUGUCACAACAAGCACCAACUUCUGUUACACAAGGUAUAUCAUCUGCUCCUACUCCAACUCUACAAGAACAAAGCCUUUCAGUUCAGAAAGUUAAUGGUGCAUCUGUGCCAAAAGCAAACCAGCAAAAGUCUUAUAAUCUUAAAAUGGUAUCUGUUGUUCCCAUUGUGAAGACACCUGUGUCUGAUGGUUACAAUUGGCGGAAAUAUGGUCAGAAGCAAGUGAAGAGUCCUAAAGGAUCUCGAAGUUAUUAUAAAUGCACUUUCUCUGAUUGUCAGGCCAAAAAGAUAGAAUGCUCUGAUGACACUGGCCAUGUAAUAGAGGUUGUCAAUAAAGGCAUGCAUAGUCACAAACCACCACGAAAAAAUAACUUUACAAGGGAAAGUAAGAUUGUAUCCUCCGCCGCACGUGCUUCACAUAAUAUUCAGCCCAUCAGAAUAUUUAAUGAUUCUGACCCAUCCACAUCUUCUAAAGAAUCUGUACCUGAAACAACUGUAAAUCCUGAAAGAAAAGGACUGUUUUCUUGUGGCUCUGAUGGGAAUGGUGAUGUGCAAGUGAAGGAAGAGCUCACGAGUGAACCUGAGACAAAAAAAAGGCAAGCAUUCCUUAUGAAGAAAGGCAAUACAGUUUGUUCUGAUUCUGUCCUGAAAGCUCGGAAGAAACCUAGAUUUGUUGUGCAUGCAGCUGGUGAUGUAGGGAUCUCAGGUGAUGGAUACAGAUGGCGAAAAUACGGACAGAAAAUGGUGAAAGGAAAUCCUAAUCCUAGGAACUACUAUAGGUGCACUUCUGCUGGGUGUCCUGUACGUAAGCAUAUUGAGACAGCUGUAGAUAAUACGAAUGCUAUCAUUAUAACAUAUAAAGGUGUUCAUGACCAUGACAUGCCUGUACCAAAGAAGCGACAUGGCCAACCAAUUGCUCCUCUUGUUGCCGCUGCUGCACCUGCUUCUAUGAACAACUUACAACAUAAAAAAACCGAAGGAGGGCAAAGCCAAGUUACAUCAACCCAGUGGUCAGUAGGUACAGAAGGUGAAUUAACUGGUGAGGCCCUAGAUUUAGGAGGUGAGAAGGCAAUAGAAUCAGCUCGAACACUUCUGAGUAUUGGAUUCGAAAUCAAGCCGUGCUGAACUUAAAUGGAGCUUUUGUGUUAACAUCAGGCAUGUCACUCUAUAAAUACUGAACACAGGUUUGAUUUUUCGUAUUUGUAAUUUUCCUUAUUCUUGCUCUAGUUUCCUGUGAAGUUGAAUGUUUUUCUGUUGUAUUCCCUCUCAAUCUGGUAGGAGCAAGGUUAUUAUAGUUGCGGAAAGAAAUAUAGAUUUGAUUGGCAA